AUGUCCCUGUAUGUAAAGUUCUUAAAAGAACUCAUCAACAAGAAGAGGAGUUGGCAAGAGAAGGAAACCAUACUUCUUACUGAAGAAUGUAGUGUUGUGAUUCAAGGAGUUAUCCCACCAAAGCUUAAAGAUCCAGGGAGCUUUGUAGUUUCAUGUACCAUAGGCAAAAUGACCCUAGACAAAGCUCUCUGUGACCUUGGUGCUAGCAUCAAUCUGAUGCCGUUGUCAAUGAUGAGGAAGCUUGCCAUAGAGGAACUCAAACCUACCAGGAUGUCUUUGGUGAUGGCUGACAGAUCAAUCAAGACACCCAAUGGCAUUGUGGAAAACCUGUUAGUGAAAGUUGGGGAGUUUAUCUUCCCAGCAGACUUCGUAAUUCUGGAUACAGAGGAAGAAGGAAACAACUCAAUCGUCUUGGGAAGGCCAUUUUUAGCCACAGCCAGAGCCAUUAUUGAUGUAGAGAAGGGAGAGAUGAUUUUAGAGUACAUAAUGAGCAAAUGA